AUGGGAGGCUCCCCUCCUAGCGGAGACACUGUCCGUUCUGUAAAAGAUUAUCGUCGACAGGUCGCGAUUUCCCAGAAGUGGCCGACUAAACCGACAAGUCAUCUUCCGAUAACCUUCUCACCGGACGACGCUGAAGGAGUUCACGCUCCCCAUAAUGAUCCUCUUCUCGUCGUCCUUGGAAUUGGAGAGUAUGAUGUCACAAAGAUCCUCAUUGACACCGGAAGUUCCGUCGACCUCAUCUUCCGAGGAACUCUACAGAUGAUGGGAGUUUAUCUUGACGAAAUAAAAGCGUCUUCCAGGACAUUAACCGGAUUCAAUGGAUCCUCAGAAACUAUCUUGGGAACAAUCCGCCUCCCGGUACGCGCGUGUGGCGUUACUCGAAUGGAUAAGUUUGCCGUUGUAAGCACAAAAGCUCCUUAUCACGCUAUACUCGGCACCCCUUGGCUACACUCGAUGCAAGCCAUUCCUUCCACCUACCACCAGUGCGUCAAGUUCCCUGGUACGGACGGAAAGAUAAAGACGCUGCGAGGGGAUCAAAAGGCCGCUAGGGAUCUCCUAGUCGCCACAGUCAAACUCCAACGGUCAUCUCUACCUGUUAAUUCUGUUUCUCCCCCAACCUCAAAGGUCCGUUCCCAGGAAAGCGAGAUUCUCGAGUUACCUAUUGACGACGCCGAUCAAAGUCGAACCGUAAGGGUUGGUGCAUACCUUUCUGAGGAAAUGCAGCAGUCAAUUCUGAACUUCCUCAGGAAGAACGUGUCUACAUUCGCUUGGUCUAUGGCAGACAUGAAAGGCAUUGACCCGACUAUAACAACUCACGAGCUAAACAUCGACCCGACAUUCAAACCUAUCCGCCAGAAGAGACGUAAGCUCGGCCCUGACAGGUCGAAGUCCGUAAACGAAGAAGUUGACAAGCUACUCGGCGCAGGUUCGAUCGCUGAGGUCCGCUACCCCGAAUGGUUGGUGGUUGGCAAAUCCGAUAGUCGUUAA